UUCAACUUCACUGUGUUCCUCCAUGUUUGGGGAGAAGCUCAAGGGGGCGGACCCCGAGGAGACCAUCCUCAACGCGUUCAAGGUGUUUGACCCUGAAGGCAAAGGGGUGCUGAAAGCCGACUAUGUUCGGGAGAUGCUGACCACGCAGGCGGAGAGGUUCUCCAAAGAGGAGAUCGAACAGAUGUUCAUAGCCUUCCCCCCUGACGUGACCGGCCACCUGGAUUACAAGAACCUGGUGCAUAUCAUCACCCAUGGGGAGGAAAAGGACUGAGCGACACUGGCCACCCCAUCAUCCUCGGGGUGCUUCCUGUCCCCCCCCAGCUACACCUCCUUCCCUACCUCACCCACUUCUACCCUCAUGGCAGCUGGCGGGGCUGGAGAUCCCCUAUGGCCCCCAGCCCACAGGUGCAAAUAAACAGGAGCUUGUCCAUGGGUCAUGGCGUUCCUCUGACAGACAGACACGCCCUGAAUAAGGCAGGCCCGCACAAAGGCUGUGUACAAGGCUGGGCACCGUGCUGUCAUUGUUGUUGAAUCCUAGUGACUCUUUACUAGAGACAACGUUCACAGUCACCCAGGACAACUCCCACCCAGGGUGUAUCUUACCAGAUGUUAACUGAGUGACAAUUCCCGUC